CUUGAUACCUAUUUCAGUGCUUAUGACUCAGGUAUUUUAAUACUUAAACGGCGGAUAUAAACCUGACUGGCAGUAUCCUGGCGACUUCAAGAAGUGGUGGAGGUGUCUACGUUGCAUAACAUGGGAUCCCUAACUUUGGUGUUCUCUGCUUUGGCGCUUCUGCUGGUCGUCGCCUACACGGACGCGGACCGCCAGUGCCCCCCACCCUACAAGGUAUACAGUCGGACCCCUAAAUGUAGGGACAACUACGACUGCAAAGGCGGCAAGCUUUGCUGCCUCAACCAGAGCAACGAGAAGUCCUGCUUCGAGCCGGUCAGCCACGGCGGCGUUGGACAAUACGGAACGGGUAACAACGAAGGUGUCCUCUGCGAAGGUCGGAAAUGCCAAAUAGGGGAGGUGUGCGAGCUUGACCCAAAAACUAAGAGGAAGAGAUGCGUCCGAAAAUAAGUUACAGGACCUACUAACAUAGGGACACCCCACGCUAUCAUCUCCCGAGCAUCGGCAUCUAGCCAUCUAGUCAACUUAAAGGCGUAUUAGUCAAUUUUUCGCCAAUCUGAUUCAAUUGCCCGAUC